AUACAAGGUCUGGCUGGAUUACAUUAGUUGUUAACAGUAGUGAGGAAUCGAUUGUAUUUACAAUUGGAAACAGGUGUUUUCCACAAUUAAUUUCAUCAUUAGUAUAUAGUAUUACCAGAUUUAUUAAAAAAUUGUCAAGCAAAUUUAAAGCGAAGUCGCAUAUCACAGUAGGCUACUUACUAUACGCUUCGUCUAAUUGCGUCUUUUCUCUAGAAAAGGGUUUCCAAGUUUUUAAUAAAAUGAGUAAUUCUCUAUGUCGACUAAAUCUUUCCCACGUGGGAUUGAUCUUCUUAACAGCUUGGUUGCUGCAACCGAACCCAACCUGGGCAGGGACACCGAUCAAAGGAAAUCGGCUAAGACCCGGGGACACCAUUGCUUUUGUCUCACCAGCCAGCGCAGUUCAGGCCGUUUUCCCAAAUAUUGACGAGUAUAAGGAUCACGUCACUAGUUCCUUUAAUGCCCUUGGAUUAAAUGUUCUCUUCUCCCCGAAUGCUUUCGAGUUCGGGCCGAGUGGUUUGGCCGGAAACGAUUCGCAACGUGCCUCGGAUAUUAUGUGGGCAUUUACUAACCCUGACGUAAAAGGGAUCAUUGCCAACAGAGGGGGCUGGGGUUGCAACCGGAUUCUAGAUCUGUUGGACUACCAAGUGAUCCGGAACAACCCAAAAGUAUUCAUGGGCUAUAGCGACCUAACCGGGUGCACACUUGCAUUAAACCGCCUCACUGACCUCGUGACUUUCAGCGGUCCCGUGGGAACGGACACAUUCGGCGGCAACUUUAAUACUUUCUACAUCCGAAAGGUAUUGAUUGACGGAGAACCCAACGUGAUCUAUUCGAAUCCCCCGCCCCUGGGGGGAGGACCACCAAAUGGAACAACGACCAUUGUUCCCGGCACCGCGCGGGGUAGGCUUAUUGGGGGAACUCUGACAGUUUUAGUGGCCCUUCUUGGAACCCCUUAUGCCCCAGCGCAGGAUGAGCCGUACAUUCUAUUCUUGGAGGAUACAAAUGACAACACCUAUCGGCUCGACAGGUUGCUCACGACCUUGCAUUUGGCCGGGUUUUUUGAGAAUGCGAAGGGCCUCAUUUGGGGAACUUGCAUGGAGUGUGUGCCAGAUAAACCGGGUCAUUGGACGGUGGAAGAUCUUCUGGAGGAAAGAUGGAGUCAUUUGGCUAAUAUUCCAAGUUUCUCGGGGGCCAUGAUUGGACACUUUGGACAACAAUUCACCCUCCCCAUCGGCGUACAGGUGGAGAUGAAUGCGGAUCUUGGGACUAUUACGUUGUUGGAGGCUGGUGUAAACUAGUAGAAAUUGCGUGAAACUAAUUAUGUGGAUGUCGUGUCUAAAUUUUUCAGUUACCUCGUUGGAAUAAAAAUAAAUAAAUAAAUAAGUUGAAUUUGACUUUUAUAAUGUAUG